AUGUUUAGGGGUCGACCCAACGACAAGUAUGGUAUGGUUAGACCACCCGUUCCUGAUCCGGAUGAAGUACUUAAGGAAAUCAAACCCCAAUACUAUGACCAGAGACUCAACCAUUUUGACGCUAAGGAUAACCGCACUUUUAAACAGCUGUAUUAUACCGACGAUUCGCACUACAAAACUGGUGGACCCGUAUUUGUUAUGAUAGAGGGUGAAGGGGCCGCCAGUCCUAUUUUUUAUAGCUAUAUGGUAAAAAGCGCUAAACAAUUCAAUGCAUUCAUGGCAACAUUAGAGCACCGGUAUUACGGAGAGUCCGAACCGUUUAACGAAACAACCGUUGAAAACCUGAAAUACCUGUCCAGCGAACAGGCGUUGGCCGAUACGGCUCAGUUCAUACACGAACAGGCGUUGGCCGAUACGGCUCAGUUCAUACAGUAUUUGACUAAAAAGUUGUCACUUUCAGGCAAAGUGGUUGUGUUUGGGGGCUCUUAUGCCGGAUCAUUGGCCGCCUGGUUCAGGGAGAAGUACCCCAACAUAGCUGUCGGUGCCAUAGCGUCCAGCGCUCCCGUGUUGGCUGAAGUGGACUUCAAAGAGUAUUUAGGUGUCGUUAGCGACUCAUUGGGAAUGGAGUGCUCACAGAAUAUUAGGGAAGCCACGCAAGCAUUGGACGAAUUGCUAAAAACACCGGAAGGGGUGAAAAAAGUGCGACAAAUGUUCAAACUGUGCGACACAUUCGACGGCACCGACACCUUAACAGUCGCUUAUUUUCUAUACGAUUUGUUAGUACAAGUAGCCAGUUCCGUUCAGUACAAUACCUGGUACGUCGAUAUUAUUCGCCGUACAAUGAAUGACCCGAGUGGUGGCACUCCGUUGCAAAGAUAUGUCAGAUUGCUCGUGAGACAGUGGACUUAUCAGACGUGCACUGAAUUCGGAUACUUUAUGUCAACCAAUGCGAAGGACUGCCUGUUUGGCCACAACAUACCCGUCCACUACUACACCCAACAGUGUAUUGAUGUGUUUGGGCCCCAAAUCACAGCCCAAACCAUACAGAAAGCGGUGGACACCACUAACGCCUACUACGGGGGCCGUCAGCCCAAUGUGACAAACGUGGUGUUCCCUAACGGCUCACUGGAUCCGUGGCACGUCUUGAGUGUACUCCACGACCUCAACAACAGUACCAAAUCGGUUGUCAUCUCAGGUCAGGCCCAUUGCGCUGACCUGAUCUACUCGGCCAAUGAGACGCAGAUGGUUGUGUUUGGGGGCUCUUAUGCCGGAUCAUUGGCCGCCUGGUUCAGGGAGAAGUACCCCAACAUAGCUGUCGGUGCCAUAGCGUCCAGCGCUCCCGUGUUGGCUGAAGUGGACUUCAAAGAGUAU